GACACAUCCACGUACCCAUACAGUCAGGCUCGUCAAUCACAUACUGACUCACGAUUUUUCAUCGACCUCGUCCGAAUAAGAUCACACUUGUGAAUAAGCAACCACUUUAUUCUACUGGCUAUUCCUUCGCUUGGAAUAUCAAGCAUUAGAACCACCAACAGCUUCCAAAGUGGUGGACAGGAUGGUCAACGGGCUAGAGAAGCUAGAGAGGUUUUUUGGCACUUCAAGGAAGAGGGAUAAGGAGAGAGGAUCAAGAACUAAAGACCUCUCAAUUGUCUCAACUCCAACGCAAUCGCUCAGUGGUCCCCAUUUCCCAUCACCAUCUUUCAUGCACCCAACAUCAACACAUAUGAAACCUCGGGAAGAACCAGUUCCGUGGUCUAAAAUAGUUAAAGAGCGCUCCCAAAGUCUGCCCGACCCGCAUGGUAGUUUGAAAAGACGAUCUUCGAUCAGCAUCGUUCCCAAUCACCGGCAUCAUCCUAGCGACCCAAUCCGAUUAAUCUCACUGCUAGUCGAAGAUGAGGGUCCAAGCGGCAUGGAGAUGUUUUCCCGUUUUAAAUUUCCGGAUAACACUAUCAAGAACGAAAAUACGGAAGCCUUUCCCAUGGACGGCACUGCCGAAGGAUCGACACGAGAGCACACUAUCCAAGAGUUCCAAGCGGAGAACAUACUAGAUUGGUGUCCCCGGCGUUUAUCUUCACUAUUCAAUAAUCUCGGUCUAGAUACUUCUAUUGACUCUAUUGACAAUCGCCUAGCUAGAGUCUCCAACCAUGACAUAGAAUCAUUAGCCUCGAGACUAUCUCCUACAUCAUCUUCUCCUCCUUCUCCUCCUUCUCCUCCUUCUCCUAGGACGAGGAGAGGCUUAAUUACUAUACCGCCCAGAAAGUCAUCCCGAAGACUAAACGAAGCUUUGGCCCAGGAUUUAACGAUUUCAACGAGUAAUCAUGUGCUAUAUCCGAUUUCCGCACAUCUUCCCGAUUCCCCACCCGCAUCAGACGGGGAGGAAGAGUAUGAGCAAACCACGAUCCAUGGAUCAACGUCGAUUAAAGGCUUAUCUUCACCUAUUGAAUUUACGCCGCGACCGUCAUCCGACUCUAACACUCGGCGCAGCACGGAAAUUUCGACUCGUGUACAGGCCGUUCGAGAAUCAUGGGGAACCAGAAUCCAGGAUCCACCGUUGAUCUAUAAUGCCCAGGGUGAAAUUACAUUUAUUUCUCAACCGCAACUCGUGCGAAAAUCCACAAGUUUAGCUUCGCUAUCAACUAUCACUAGAUAUUCAACGAAUGGUUGCGAUAUCAGAGAGCCGUCACUUGAUGACUUCUAUGCUCUCGAUGACGAAGAUGUUGCAGAGAGUCUACCCGCUACUCCCAUGCCAGAAGCCGAUAUACCGCCAACACCACCUCCGAAGUUCUCACCAAAGACUCCUAACGGCAGCAGCCGUUCCACUCGACAUGUGCCGAUCGCGCCUACCACCGCCAUCAAUCUUGUAUCUGGAGAACUCACCCCGCCCCGUACACCUACUGACUCUCAAUUUCUCUCAUUGACUUAUUCACCCACUACUUCAUCGGGAACUUCAGGGGCAAUGUGGGCUGCUAAAAUCGCAAAAGCAUACAACUUCGACUUGGUGUAUGUCGUCAAUCUCUGGCCGAAAGACAAAGAUGACGGCUCGAAUCCUCAUCAAUCUACUCCUUCCCAUAGUCAACACAACGCACAGAACGUAGAUGAUGCCACCACUCAGUGUGCUGUCGUUGCACAUCCAAAAUUGGAAAUGACUGGCCAGAUACUUGCUGCUUACGGCCUAAGUGAAUUUGGGUCACCUUUUCGAAUUCACGCCGAGUUCCAUAGGAAAAUGCUUGGGUGCAGGGGCUGGAAUGAGUAUCGUGAUGAGCUCGCAUCCCCUGAGAUAAUAUCUCGUGGGUGGGCAUGCUCUUUUUAUACCAACUGUUCCUCAACAACCCAGAAUGCUAUCGGAAAGAAGCAUCUAGCACGAGGUGGAACGGCGAAUCGCGGUAUAAUCUUCGCAGCGUACACAAGAAAGACGACUAAGUCGGUGAUACCGGUUAGGUCAUCGCCAAGGCAAACCGCAAUACUCGGCAAGCUACUCUACGAUUCGCAGAAACUUGUUAACGCCUUAGUCCACGGCGAUUGAUUUCGAGAUACAUUACUAUAUGCAUGUUAUAGAUUAACGGAGAUAGCAUCAGCGAAGCGGCGCAGGUAACUCUGGGAGAAGCAUAAUGUCGAAUACGUGCUAUGAGGUAUUAACUAACGACCCUGGCUGUCCGAGGUGUGGGCAAAUAUUCUGGGCCAUUGCAGCCGCAUCUUGUUGGGUUAUGUGCUAGGGGUGAAAAUAAUAUGAUGUCGCAUGAUCUACAUGCAUCGUAACAUAUGCAAAAUGGCCAACACGGCGCGGCAGAAUGGGGUCAAAAUAAAUGCCUGACAAAGGAAUCCCCUUUAUAAAAGAUUCCCUCGAGAUGUAUUAAGUGGAAAAUACCAAAAGUCAUAUUAAUAUGGAAUAGACUCUAAACUUCAUUCCGAUAUAAGUUAUAAAGAUAUGGUCGAGUAUUUCG